GGUUUUCUCUCUCUUUGUGCGCUUCUUAUGCAAGCCAGCAGAUCUCAGUAAGUCAGCACAUAUGAAGCUCAGCUUAAUUAAAAGCUAAUCUCAGUUAUUCUGUUCGCUUCCAGACCUGGAGGGACUCCACUGCGUUUUCAGGCCAUGGGAGCUUAUGUUGGAUUCGCAGUUCUGUUCGGCGUGGCUUCGUUGCUGUCGGCCGUCGAAUGCAAUGUGAACUGUAAGGGGCUGGAUGGUCGUCCGGGAGAAGGAGGAUCUGGUGGACGUGAUGGAUUGCCUGGGAUGAAAGGGCAGAAGGGAGAGCCAGCUCACAGGUUGGAUGGCCCAGAAGACCCAGUCAUCCUGCUAAGACUGAAAGGGGACAAAGGGGACCCGGGGCCACCAGGGCCAAUUGGUCCUAAAGGUUACCCCGGUGAAGUAGGAGCACCAGGAAAGGACGGUCUGCCUGGCCCUCCUGGGCAAGCUGGGGGAAACGUUGACUCCGGUCAGCAGUCGUCCAGUCAGGACAAACAUUCUGCUUUCUCUGUGAUCAGGACUGAUAGCACAUACCCGGCUCUGACCAAGAAAAUAACUUUUCAGACUGCAGUCGUCAACAAAUACAACGACAUCGACAAAGACACCGGAAUCUUCACCUGCAGAGUUGCUGGUUUUUAUUAUUUUACCUUCCACGCUGUUUCCAAGGUGAACAUGUGCCUUGGUUUAGUCAGGGAAGGAGCAGAAGAAUCUCAAGUUUUCUGUAAUUACAACACCAAGAACUCUGAACAAGCAAACGCUGGUCUAAAUGCAAGGGUGAACCUGCUCUCAGGUAAAAAGCACAGUGCACCAGUGGCAGACUUGCCAAUUCCGGUGUUCUGUGGCAAAUGCCAGUCGAGCUCCACAGUGCCGGGCAGUGAGCACAAGACACACUAG